GGACAUGAUGGACGUGCGGGGGAACCAAUCAACGUCUCCGCCCCGGCAGUUGGGCGCGCGGUGGCAGCCAUUGAGGGAGGGCGGCCUUGGCCUAAGGAGCGCGGUGUGUGGACACAGGGAGACAGGCAUGUUGCGUCGACAGGCACGACUUCGGAGGGAGUAUUUGUACCGCAAAGCCCAGGAGGACAAGCUACGCAGCAUCGAGGAUAAGAAACUGAAGCUGCGAUCUGCCCUGGACGACAACAAACUGAUUCCCACGGAACUACGGCGUGAGGCCCUGGAGUUGCAGAAGGCGAUCGAGUAUGAUGACCAAGGAGGAGAGGGGGUCCUCAGUCAGAUGGACGAUGAAUACAAGUGGGCAGGAGUGGAAGAUCCAAAGAUCAUGAUCACCUCCUCCAGGGACCCCAGCUCCAAGCUCAAACAGUUCGUCAAGGAGGUGAAGCUGAUUUUCCCGAACAGCCAGCGAAUGAACCGGGGCAAGCACGACAUCGAGGCGCUGGUGAUGGCGUGCAAAGCCAACGGCGUCACGGACCUGCUCAUCGUGCACGAACAUCGCGGAGUCCCAGGUCAGGCAGCGCUUCCCGCGUCUACACCGAGUCCUAGAGUGGAAACAGGCCCACACCAGCCCACAUGUCCCAGCUACACAAGUCCCACCUGCCCGCACUCAGUCCAUAUCCCUCCAAACCAGUUCUAUCCACUUGCGUGUCUAACUGUUUCUUAACAUAACGUGUCUAAC